AUGAAUAGGAUGCUUGAUCCUGCAGAUGAGACAGAUGCAGAUGUAAAUUGGAAUGAUCAGUGUAAAAUCAAUACGUUUAGCAAAUUAAAUCAACGUCUUCAGAAUAGGACACGCAGUUUAAAGGAUAGAUCACUUGAAAAAGAGUGUAUGGAGGAUAUUGUUGCAGAACUUGAAUUAGCAGACGAAAAUGAGUCCUUAUUUUAUAAAGUGGGGGAUGCAUUUGUUUUGUUACCAUUUGAUGAAGUACAAGAACGACUGGAAAUGGAGCAAAGUCAAGUAAAUGAAGAGGUUUCCAAGUUAGAAACGGAGAUAUCAGAGUUGAAUAAUGACAUGGAAGAAUUAAAGAAGGAUCUGUAUAAAAAGUUUGGAAAAGCAAUUAAUCUUGAGACUUAA